AAGAAAUAAAAUAAUUUUUUAGCAAGUUAAUUUUCAAAUCCAACAAACAUGUUUUAUCCUUUUUGCAUCGAUUGAUAACUUUUCCGAUUUAUCCGCAGUUAUUCGAUUAGGUUUUUGAAUUUUUUCUUCUUGUGGUAAAUAUCGAGAAUGUUAAACUGCAAUUACUAGAGUCGAGACAAUAGUUGUAAAGAUUUUGCAGAGUCGCUGCUCGGUCGGUGGGUCGAAUCAUUGGCAAAAUUAAUACAUAAAAAACGAUCUGCACGUUUCUAUUCUCGAAGACGGAGCGAAGAGCGCAGUACAAAAAGGAGUCAAGUAGCUAAUGCCGAUGUUAGCUCACACGGACGGGCAGACUGAUAGCGACAGACGGAGCGGAGAUGAGCGCGUGUUGGUGCACAACAAAACUCAAGAAUCAAGAGAGCCGAGAACAAGUUGGGAGUCUUUGCAUGUUGCUCAUCGCAGUCAUACAAUAUGCCGUAUAUGCAUAUACGUACGCUAUAUGCUUUAGAUGUACGUAGUCGACGUACGUACAUGCAGAGUAUAUGUAGUUGGCAACUGCGAGUCGAGACUCACGUUCUCCAGCUUUUCUCUCUCUCUCUCUCUCUCUCUAUCUCGGCUUAGCACUAUACACUACUCGUAAUUCGCAGGCCUCACUGAUCAGUCGAUCCAUUCACUCGACGGCCCAACUCGUUUCUGCGCUCUCUAGUGCAAGGCUUAGUUUAGUUAGUACUGCUUCAUCAGCACCUCGCGAGAGACGUCAGUGAGCGAGCGAGCCGAGCGAGCAGUGCGUCGGAUCCGAACGGCUAUAUCGUUAUUAUAUACACAUACGUAUAUACGGACUGCCGCCACUCGAAUCUCCUGUCAGCUGCUCCUACCUAUUGUACGACGCGCUUUGUUCUCCGCUCGAAUUAUUAUUUCCGAGCGCGGCCGAAAGAAAUCAGCUAUACUAUAUACAGCUAUAUACUAGGCACACACAUCGAAAUCCUCGGCUGGUCUCUGGACUCGCGGCAAGUGCAGAGGAGACUCGAGCUGGCGACGGUACGCAUAGCGGAGAAGCCAUCCCGUACUUUCACUUGCCAACCGAUUCGCGCGGCCAUCGGCUGCUUUCAGUUAUCGGUGCGCUCACCUCUGCUCGACUCCGAGUAAACACGAGCGUCUGUCUCUCCUCGUCGUAUUAUUAUUCCCCUUGCGAGGGUGUGCUUCGUUUGUGUCGUGCAGUUUGCAUUGUGUUCGAGCCCGCUUUUCGUUCGGCUCGUCGUUUGGUGACGUUGCAGUGUAGAACAGAGGAAGAAAAAAAAAAGGAAGCGAAGCAGCAAUAGAGAGAGAGAGAGAGAGAGAGCAUCCGAGAGCGAGCGAGAUAAAAAGAGUGCAAUAUUAUUCCAGUGCAAGUAAGUGAAUAAAAAUGAGAAAUUCUACAUUGCUGAAGUGGGCUCAAAACUCAACAAAUAACAAACUUCAACCAGCCAAAAAUGGAGGUACCAGCAGGAAUUGGAUACACCCUCCAGAUGCCUUGCAGAAAGGUCAUAUUGCUUACUUAGUAAAGUAUCUGGGCAGUACUGAAGUUGGUCAACCGAAAGGUAUAGAAGUCGUAAAAGAAGCUAUUUGCAAGCUCAAGUUUAAUCAACAAAUAAGAAAGAGCGAAGGCUCUAAAACGCCUAAAGUCGAGUUGACCAUCAGUAUUGAUGGGGUGGCUAUUCAAGAACCAAAAACCAAAACAUCUGCAAAGCGUAUAUUGCACCAGUAUCCCUUGCAUCGAAUCUCCUAUUGUGCCGACGACAAGGGCGAAAAAAAAUUCUUCAGUUUCAUAGCCAAAGAAGAGGAUGCCGAGCGCCAUACGUGCUUCGUCUUUGUGAGCGACAAACUAGCCGAAGAAAUAACGCUGACCAUCGGGCAGGCUUUUGACCUUGCGUAUCGGCGCUUCCUCGAGACCUCUGGCAAGGAUCUUGAAACUCAGCGCCGCACCAUGAUCCUCCAGCAAAAAGUUAAGCGCCUCGAGCACGAAAACAAUGUUUACCGGCAGCGUCUUCAAGACAUUGCAAAUAUCAAGGGAUUGACUGAUAUCAAGACCUACCUUAUCCAGCAUGACAUUCCAGAUAUUUUACAUGUGCCUGAGAGUUCAACUCCUUCCAUCCUAAAUCCUUCAACGACGUCCGUUUUGAGAGAAAGAGUUCCUCACCUAAACGGCAGCGCAGUUCAGCUCUCUUUCGAGGUAAACCCCGAUCCCAACGGCAACGCGUCCAAUGAAAAUGGAUCUCAACAACCUCCACCUGUUCCUCCUAGAAGUUUCGAAAAGUCUUCUGAAAACGAUUUAGCAGAAAGCGAAAGUUCUGCCGUCAACAAUCCAUCUGACGAACCGAAAAAAGAGGGACUUCUCAUUGAUAAGUUUGACGAGGACGAUUUUAAUCCGCGAGCUUUUGAAAGUCCUCAAAAUGUCGCGUUAAGUAAUUUGUCGAAUAACAAUUCAAACAAUGGGCACAUUACUGCUGGAGUGAUCUUUACGCAAACCAAUGGAUUUAAUUCUCCACCCUUACUGGCGCCUCCACCUAAAUCCAAAGAUACAAAAAGACAAAAUGGUGUCAAAGAAGAUUUAUUCGGGAGUGUACCUUUCAAUCCGGCUCCCAAUAAAAACGAUGCAAAAGAUCCAUUCGAAAUGGGCGAGUUUGGAAAUUCUGAUGUGCAAUCUGCAACUCACCAAGAACUUGAAAAUGCAAUUGGUCUUCUCGACAAGCGAUUAUCAGAAAUGAAGGAUGGCUUCAGUCGCGGUUUAUCAAUCGGAACUGAUGAUUUUUCUCUCGAGAGCCUUGAUCCAUUACGAAAUUAACUUUUUACUCUAAAUAAUAUUUGUGGGCUGAGAUCAAGGUUUCAUGAAGAACAAUGUGAUACGUGAAUAAAGAACAAAAAUGUUUUUGAGGAUUUUCCAGAACAUUGCAGACUUGAAAAGUAUGCGUGCCAAAGUCGAACCAAUGAGGUAUAAUGGGCUACGCAUGUCAAACCAAAAUUAGUCAAUUUUAUUUUAAAACUAAACUAAUGAUUAUGAUACUGCAAGGUUGAAUAAGUAAUUAUCUCAAUUUUUAAGGGUAUUAUUCAUUUGUCUAUUCUUACGGCUAGGUAUCAUUCAGUCCCACGUACUUGUAGACUUUCAUUUUUAGGCAGAGGAAAAAUGUGUGUAUCAAUUGAAGACAAAAUGAAAAUAUUUUAAUUAAUUAAAAAAUAAAAUAACGAUUAUCUUCAUUUUGUGUUCGAUAAUUAGACACAUUUCCCUUGUAAUUAAAAAUAAAAGAACCCAAUUAUAAUGCGCCUAAAUGAUACCAUAUGUUAUUAAGAUAGUCCACUCAAUAUAUCUAACAAUGAAGCUUCGAGUAAGGAAAAUUGAGAAAUUAUAAGAAUAAUCAUCGUUUUAUCUUUCAAUUUUUAAAAAAUUAUAGAAUAACCUAUGUAUUAAUUUUAUUUUUAUUUGUUAAAUUAUGUUUGUUUCCCAUUGAGUGUUUUUUGAUAAUGAGUUUUCGGAAAUCGAGUUAUGCAAAGAGCAUUAUUUUGAUAUAAAAAUCAUCUGUAAAAAUAUGUAUAGGUGAUGACAUAUAUUUAUAUAUAAAUAUUUAUACAGCAUGACAUUCUCAUAGACCAAUAUCUGUGCAAUUUAAUACGCGACCGCAGGCUGUGCGCGUGAACUAUAUUAUAUACGAGAUAAAUCUAUAAUAACAAAAAUUAAUUUAAACAAUUUUAAUAACCAUAAGAAAUAAAGAUUUUUUAUUUUCAAAAGUUUAUUGCAUUUUAAUGUGACAAUAAUCGCGUAUUUGAUCAUUGUUGAUUUUUUCUAAUUUUAUAAGUGUCUGAUCAAAUUUAAAACGUAAGGAUACAUAUACUGAUAGAAAUUUGUUUACAAAUUUAUCCCGCGUAGUACACAACAGUAUAGCAUAUUGCAUGUUAAUAUUAUAUAAUUUAAAUAUCUUUGUUGUUUAGUAAAUAAUGAAUAUACUAUUUUUAAUUGUGCUGAAAACAAAUUUUUACAGAUCAAGCUCGAAUAUUGUUAAUAAAUAAAUUUAGUUUGAAAAUUUGCCCGUGUAGAAUAAACUCUAAUAAACGUUGAACAGUAUUAAAUGUCCAUUUAUUAGAGUCAAUUCUACCAAGGUAAAAAUAUUCAUUUUGGGAUCCCUUCACACUAACGCCGUUAUUUUAUAUAAAAUCACAUCUACUAAAAAUAUUUCGUACUCUUAACAGGAGAUUUCUGAAAUUCAAGAAAUACUGUGUCUUUGUAUUCAGAACAUAAAAAUAUUAUGGCUCGUAGUAAUAUUUUCAUUAAGUCUACAAAAGAAAAAGAUUUUAUCAUUCUGGAAAUUAAAAAUAAAUAUUCAUAUAACAUUAUAUCAUUUAGUUAUAGUCGCAAUUUAUAAAAAAAAUUUUACAAGUCGAUAAAUAAAAAACGUUUAUAAUUUAGACUAAGUUGCGUCAUUGAGGUACUAGUGAAACGUAGACAAAGUCUUAAUGUAAAUAUUGACAUUUUGUUUUAUGAUUAUUAUAAUAAUGCCUAGCACCCUCGUAGAAUGUAUUAUG